AUGACUUCAACAUUUAAAAGAUUAAUCCCUUCUUUAAAUAGAAUUCUUGUUAAAAGAUUCGAAGCAGAAACAAAGACCAAAACUGGAAUUAUUCUUUAAGACCCUGCAGAUAAAACAGCUUAUGGAUAAGUAGUAUAAGUAGGUCCAGGAACUUAUAAUAAUAAUGGAUAACUUUAACCUGUUGCAGUAAAAGUUGGAGAUUUCGUUGUUUUACCUGAAUAUGGUGGAUCUAAAAUAGCAUUAAAGGAAGGCGAGUUUUUCGUUUAUAGAGAUACUGAUGUUGUUGGUAUUCUCUAAAAAGAUUGA